AUGGGGUAUCAGAAUGUAUGUGUGUUUGGUGUAGUAAUCAAUGAUAGGCAAGGAGACUGUGCGGCGCUAAGUACCCAGAGGGCUAAAGGUGUCCCCAAGACCGGCUCAAAAUUGACUUUGCCGUCGUAUCAAGCCGGCCUCGGCCUACUUCCGCGGCGGCGCCGUCCAACGAGCGACCUAUCGCGCGGAUCCGAACUAUCGGUGCAUGGUAGGAUACAGUCAGCCUUGGUCGAGUGUCUGAGUUGA